AUGGAAACAGGGACCCGCACGUGGGUGUCAGAGUUUGUCUUCCUGGGGCUCUCACAGACUGAGGAGCUCCAGCUUUUCCUGUUUUGGCUGUUCUUAACUGUCUACAUCACCACUGUGGUGGGAAACCUCAUCAUCAUAGUCACAGUGACCUCAGACUCUUGGCUCCACACACCCAUGUACUUUCUGCUCCGAAACCUAGCUGUCAUAGACCUUUGUUUCUCCUCAGUCACUGCCCCCAGAAUGCUGGUGGACUUUCUCUCUGAGGAGAAGACCAUCUCCUUUGAGGGCUGCAUGGCCCAGGUCUUCUUCUUCCACUUCCUGGGAGGUGCCAUGGUCUUCUUCCUCUCCGUGAUGGCCUAUGAUCGCCUUGUUGCCAUCUCCUGGCCUCUCCACUAUGUCACCAUCAUGAACACUCGGCUCUGCAUGGGACUCAUGGUGACAGCCUGGGUAGGGGGCUUUGUCCACUCCAUUGUCCAGCUGGCUCUGAUGCUGCCGUUGCCUUACUGUGGCCCCAAUGUCCUGGAUAACUUCUACUGCGAUGUUCCCCAGGUACUCAGGCUAGCCUGCACGGACGCUUCCCUCCUGGAGCUCCUCAUGAUCUCCAACAGUGGGAUGCUGGACAUCAUCUGGUUCCUUCUCCUUCUGAUCUCCUACUUGGUUAUCUUGGUGCUGCUGAGGUCCCACUCAGGGGAAGCAAGAAGGAAGGCAGCUUCCACCUGCACCACCCACAUCAUUGUGGUGUCUAUGAUCUUCAUCCCAAGCAUCUACCUCUAUGCCCGACCCUUCACUCCCUUCCCCAUGGACAAGGCAGUGUCCGUCAGCCACACAGUCAUGACCCCCAUGCUCAACCCUAUAAUCUACACCCUGAGGAACCAGGAGAUGCAGGCAGCAGUGAAGAGAUUAGCAAUGUGGCAACUGGUUUGUAAAGGAGAGUGA